CUUUUUAUUUUUAUUUCCGGGCUUCCGAAGGUUUGUUCAAGACAAAACACAUACUUUGACAAAUAGAUUUGCAACAAGAAUACAAGAGUUCUAGCGGCGGAAAAACUAUCGUUCUCGUUUUUGUUCCAUGCAAAGGUUCUUGUAUUGGUUAUAAAAGCAAAGGAUUGAAGUGCUCCCCCCUAGUAUGAUAAAACCAUCAAAACAAUACAUUGCAUUCAAACAAAUAAAAUACGGGAUACUUGACGAAGAUCACAUAAACCAUAAAGUAUGCCGCCAAAUUCCAAAAUCUCUGAUGAGCACCUCUCCAUCAAUGUCACCGACACGGACAUCCCUACACCAAACCGGGGCGGCUCCCUAUCCUGGAAUAAUGUCACUUACUCGAUUGAUCUGAAGACAAAGGACGAUAACGGUAAACCAAAAUCGCGGACGCUGCUGUCUGAUGUGUCGGGUGAGGCCAAGAGAGGGGAGUUGGUUGCGAUCAUGGGAAGUAGUGGAGCUGGCAAAACGACGCUUUUAAACUGCCUCUCUGGUCGCUUGGGUACAGGUCACCUAAGUGGAAGCGUCACGCUCGAUGGGCGUCCACGGAACCGGAAAACCUGGAAAAAACUCGUAGCCUUUGUUGAACAAGACGACCAAAUGUAUAGCAACAUCACCGUCCGCGAAACCAUCAAUUACGCUGCCCGCCUCCGUCUGUCAUCCUCCCGAUACGCUAAAGCUGAAAAAGCUUCUCUCACAGACGAUGUUAUCAAAUCCCUUCGCUUAUCCAAAGCCAAGGACACCUAUAUUGGUGAUGGAUUGACACGUGGUGUGAGUGGAGGUGAACGGAAGCGAACAGCCAUUGCCCAAGAGUUGGUGGGAAACCCCGAGAUUCUGUUCCUGGAUGAGCCGACGAGUGGACUAGAUUCCAAUUCGGCGUACGCCGUCCUUGAAAAUGUCAAAGCCGAAGCGAUCCGAACUGGACGUAUCGUCAUCUUGACUAUCCACCAACCCUCCAAUGAAAUUCUCUCGCUGUUGUCAAAGGUGGUGCUGUUGGCCGGUGGGUCGACAGUAUUUUUCGGCCCAGUCGAAGAUGCUUUGACGCAUUUUGCGUCGCUGGGGUAUACCUGCCCUGCACGGAAGAAUCCUGCCGACUUUUUCCUCGACUUGCUGACGAUCGAUGAGGAAACUCACGAAGAGGACACAGCGCGGGUCAAGAAGCUACAAGAAGCCUAUCGACAGCUGGACCAGUCGAACGUCCCCGUCACACACCCCUCUGAGCCAAAAAUCUCUAUGACCGUCUCUUUGGACGCCCUACCAGGAGAUUCACCAGAACCAGCAGCGGGCUGGUCCAACAACUGGUUUACAGAAUUCCUUAUCCUAUUCGAACGCGCCUGGUUGGAUGUGUUGAGAUCCAAACCUGUAGUGAUCGCCUCCUUUGUUCGAACGGCUGUCCUCGUUAUUCUCAUUGGGUUCGCGUUUUGGCAACUGGAUAAGGACCAACGUGGGAUUCAAAACAGGGCUGGAAUUCUGUUCCUUUGGCCCAUUAACCAAGUUUUUGUCACCAUCCAACCUAUUGUCGCAACUUUCCCCCUCGAACGUGUCAUCAUGCUCCGAGAACGGUCCGCGGGAUCAUACCGAGUAUCCUCAUUCUACAUUUCCAAAGUACUCUCCCAAGCGAUUCCCGCCGUAUUUUACUCCAUGUUGGCAUGUGUACCACUUUACUGGAUGAUAGGCCUUCAACAUUCAGCAUGGAAGUUCUUUGCCUGGCUGCUUAUCAAUGCCUUAGAGACAACAGCAGCAGUUGCGUUGGGUUUCAUGGUCUCGAGCGGUGUUGAAACAGUACAGAUGGCGAUGGCGGUUGCUCCGAUGAUCGCGGUUGUGUUUUUGCUAUUUGGUGGAAACAUUAUCAAUAAUGGGAGUUUGGGCUGGUGGUUCAAGUGGUUGCACUACGUAUCACCCAUUGGAUACGCAUACCGAUCUUUUAUGCAGCUCGAAUUCCGAGGUCUCAGCCUUUCCUGCCAACCUGACGAACCUUGCACACCCACCGGUGAACUUGUCCUGCAACAACAAGAUCUGAACGGGCUCUCUGUAUGGGCAUGUGCAGGAAUCUUGGUGGCGUUGAGUACAUGGUGGUUCUUGACAGGCUAUGUGUUGUUAAGGAAAACGUCCAAGCCGAAAAUGAAAGUCUUGUGAAAUGGAAGGGCGGGGUGCUGAAUGGACAUUAGAUAUGACAUUUGAAUACUAGUAAUUUCGUAUGGUUUUUUGGUGUAUAAGCUAGAAAAAAUAGUGAUAAAUAUACAGUGAAAUUGGGUCAAUUUAAGUUUGCACAAGAUCGUCUAUGGGUCAAAACAUUGCCAUUAAAAGUUUAGAAUUUUAUAACCCUUCCC